AUGCUUAGCGACGGCGUUGUUCUGCUUCACGACAAUGCAACUCCUCACAAGUCUGCUCAGAGCCAAAACCUAGUCGCCUCCUUGGGAUGGGAACUGUUGAAAUACCCUUCGUACAGCCCAAACCUGGCUCCGAGUGACUUUCAUCUGUUCCUGCAUUUGAAAAAGUUUUUGACCGGGCAGGACUUCGACUCCGACGCUGAUCUUACAGGAGAGACGGGACAUUGGCUGACAUCGCAGGCAGCAGCUUUCUGCGAUGCGGGCAUUCAGAAACGCGUCCCACGCUACGACAAAUGCCUCUAUAGUUCUGGUGACUACGUGGAGAAGCCAACUGGCAUCAAGCUCGUUUGGACCAUUGCUGCGACUGACUCCCCAGUUCAAGGCAACCCGAAUGCCCUCUUCUCCUCUGGCAACAGAAAAGACUUCGAGGACAACCUCAAGAACAUGUUGAACACCCUCGGUCCUUCUUUCAUGGGAAAUUUGAACAUCAAUGGCUUUAAUCCCCAAACACAGCUGAAUCCAACACAAAUAGCUACAGAUGCCGGUGCCCAGGUGCAAGAUCCAUGCAGCUCCCCUGACGCUUGUCCUCUCGGCUACGAAAAUUGUAGAACUGUUGGAUUCGGGGACAGCACAUGCUCACACAAGUGUGAGAAAUUCGAAGAGGAUCGCGCCUGUGAGCACGGAUCUCUGUGCGAGCUGGACGCGAAUAAUGAACCCUUUUGCUCAUGUGGCAAAAACUGGGAAGGCAAAUACUGCGAAAAUGAUAGGAAUCGGCUGGACCCAGGCGAGAUCACUGGCAUUGUGCUGGGUGCUAUGGCCAUGUGUAUAGGCCUCAUGGGCUGCUGCUGCUGGUUCUUGAUCUGCCGAAAGAGGUCUCAGAAGCAUCUGAAGUACACACAUUACUCGGACGACUUAAAUGGCAACGACAACUUUUCCAACCCCUCCAGCAAACUCACAAACUAUGUCAUCGCGCGACCAGCUGUGUCCGUGGAUCCUAUCCAGGUAUUUCAGCCUUCUGCACCCCCACCUGACGCGUUCUCCGUGGCGUAACGACAGUUUGUGUGUCACUGACUCUAUCACCAGUAUGGUUUUCGGUUGAAAGACAGAGACAAGCUUCUCUGCUUUGGUGCUACAGACUCCUUCGAUUAAUAGGCGAACAUGGUUUUCAACUUCAAAACUAUUCGACGAAUGAAUGAUGUGUUCAUAAUAAUAAAGAACUGAAACCCACGAGUUGAAUCCCAACCAUCUGAAGAUCGUCCCAUCAUUGAUGCUCGAGGAAUCGGAGGACCAGAACUAUUGUUUCAAGCAUUUUUUAGAAGCUUUCGAACAAGAAGAAGACAAUAUUUUGUCUGGAGUCGAAAUGUGAGGAAAAUCGUAUGUUAAGGCUGAGCGAAACAAGGCAAGGUCCUCGACUGUCGUAGGUUCUGCACCCCCAAAAAGCUCUAAAAGUGAUGCGUGUAUUCUGUGGUUGUUUUACAAGAGCCCAGAGUGCCAGUGUUAUUAUACUUCACUUUAGAAGUCUUUCAACAUGAGACAGUCUCGAACAUUUCCAACUACGCUUGUGCAGGAUCAAGUCAUCUUCCAUGUCAGGACAAGAAGACGGAAUCAUGAUACGCAUGAACUUUAAGCGCUUGGACAGUUUCGAAGUUUUCGAAUUUAAAAAAAAAAAAAAAGAUUUUUUUGAAAAUCAAUACGGCGAGUCGUGCUGUUGAUCGGCUACUUCUACGUCUUUCAUGUCAUCACUCAGGAUUUCCUUGGCGAAGCUCCUUUGAGCUCCGCGUGACGUCAUCACAAGAAAGUGGCACUUGGGAAGAAACAGGAACAAGAACCGUACAGGGCUGGACCCCAUAUUAUUUCUUUAUGUUUCUUCUAAUAGUGAUGGUUUCCACUGGAGCCUAUAUUGGGCUGAGCUGGCAAAAUGUUUUUCAUUGAUGUUCUAGUUAUCAUUUUGGGUUUUCGGGUUGUUGUUUUUUAUAUUUGUAUAUUUCAAAGGGAAUUGUGUCUCAAGAGUGACUGGUGGUGGGCAGCUAGGGCCAACAUAUCAAAA